AUGGAAGAUUGCUUUGAAUGUUCAGAAGACCAUCAUCCAAAUAAAGAAAAGAAAGGAUGUAUUUCAAAAGUGCUGAUGUUUCUAACCUUUAAAGAAACCUUAGGAAUUGGUUUAUCCUCAGUAGCUCUUGCUUUCUUCUUCUUGACAUCUUGGGUACUUGGAACUUUUAUUAAGUACAGGGAUACUCCUAUUGUCAAAGCCAACAAUCGGUCCCUCACCUACACCCUUCUUGUCUCUCUUCAGCUCUGUUUUCUCUCUUCUUUGCUCUUCCUCAGCCAACCUGGCAAAGUGACCUGCCUUCUCCGACAACCAACUUUUGGCAUCACCUUCUCUGUGGCCAUUUCUAGUGUAUUGGCCAAAACCUUCACUGUGGUUGUGGCUUUCAUGGCCACUAAACCAGGUUCUCAGAUGAGAAAAUGGGUGGGGAAAAGAUUGGUCUUUUCUAUUGUCCUCUCCUGCUCUCUCUUCCAAGUAUGUAUUUCCAUUCUUUGGUUGUCAACAUCUCCCCCAUUCCCUGAGUUGGACACACAUUCACAGUCCCAAGAAAUGAUUUUACAAUGCAAUGAGGGGUCAGCUUUCUUCUUCUAUUGUGUCUUGGGCUACAUGGGUAUCUUGGCCAUUGCCAGCUUUAUUGUGGCUUUUUUUGCCCGUAAAUUACCCGACAGCUUUAAUGAAGCCAAGUUUAUCACCUUCAGCAUGUUGGCCUUUUGCAGUGUGUGGAUCUCCUUCUUUCCAGCCUAUCUGAGCACAAAAGGCAAAGCCAUGGUAGCUGUGGAGGUCUUCUCCAUCUUGUCCUCCGGUGCUGCAUUACUGGGAUGCAUAUUCCUGCCAAAAUGCUACAUCAUUGUUUUCCGGCCACAGCUCAACCACAGGGAGCAUCUCACAAAAAGAAAUUAGUACUCCAUGUGAUCUUCUUUCCUCAAACAAAUUGCUGACAAAAAAAAAAGAGAAAGAUUUCUACAAGAAAUAUAUAUAUAAAAA